GUCUUGGAUUUAUUCAAUCUUGUUUGUUUGACCCACUGAGGUUAGCUACCCACCAAGAAAACUCAACUGCAUUUAGCCUCUUGCCAAUCGCCAAAUAACCAACUAUUUGUCAAUUUUGUAACACUUGCAUCACUUUUGUUAGUUCACACCACUUGUCACGCAACUUCCCUUCCCCACUCCCCUUUUAAACCCGUCCUCCUCACUUCUCACUGCCCUUCAACUCUCAUUUCUCAUUUUCACUACUACUGCUUUCCUCUACGUCUCUCUCUCCAGCUCCAAUUACAAGAAAAACUUGUUUCUUUUAUUGUGUUCGGAAAUCAGAUGGCUUUAGAAGCUCUCAACUCUCCCACAACAGCUGCUACGCCUCCUUUCCAAUUUGAAGAUAGCAACUUACACUGCCUGGAAUCAUUCACCAAGCGUAAGCGUUCUAAGCGACCGCGUUUCGAUCAUGUUACCUCCGAGGAAGAAUACCUUGCUCUGUGUCUCAUCAUGCUCGCACGCGGUGGCGAACCCAACUCCGCCAACACUUCUUCAGUCCCACACCGCCAUCGCUCUCCGACUCCUGCUGUCUCGCUCACUCCAGUGUCAGCACCAGCACCAGCACCACCACCGACCUUAACAGAGCAGAAGGUUAGCUACAAGUGUAGCGUUUGCAACAAGUCCUUUAACUCUUACCAGGCUUUGGGUGGCCACAAAGCCAGCCACCGUAAGCUUUCAGGUGGCAACGACGACCAGUCAACGUCAACAACCAACUCUGCGAUUGCCGGUGGAGUUAUUUCAGCCGCUUUGAACCCAAGCGGAAAAUCCCACGAGUGUUCCAUCUGCCACAAAAGCUUCCCUACUGGCCAGGCCUUGGGAGGCCACAAGCGAUGCCACUAUGAAGGUGGGUCUGGGAACAGUGCCAUCGCUAGCGCUAGCGCUAGCGGCGUAACAUCUGAAGGAGUGGGCUCAACCAAUAACAUGAACCAUAUCAGUCAGCGGGUCGAGUUUGACCUCAACCUUCCGGCUUUGCCAGAAUUCUCACCGGCUAAUUUCUUUGUAACCGGUGCUGAUGAUGAAGUGGAAAGCCCACACCCAGCAAAGAAACCGCGUGGGUUGAUGCAGAUGCCACCCAAAAUUGAAGUCAACUAAACAAUUCUACGUUAGAAGCAUAUGAAUUAAUUAAAUUUUAUAGCCAGAUAGAAUGUAUUUGUUUUGAUAGAUCGUGAGACAUUGUUUCCCCUCUGUACAUAGCACUGGAACGAUUCAUCUGUGCCAAUUCUACUGAGCUUAUUUA